AUGAAUUCAUCAUCUUCUACAUCCAAUGUGUUGAGCAUUCUGGGUAAUGGAGACUCUCCCAGCUCUGCUAUGGCCAAACGUGUCAUCAUCCUGGCUCUGGGCCUCAGCAUCAACUACAUCAACUGUGCUCUGAUUCACACCUUCAGGAAACACCAGGUGUUUUACAUGAAUCCUCGUUACAUCCUGUUCRUCCAUCUGGUGGUGAACGAUAUGGUCCAGCUCACAACCACAGUCUGCUUGUUUGUCAUUGGUUACUCUUUCUACAAAAUUAAUGUUUCCGUCUGUUGCUUCAUUGUUACYUUUGCUGUUUUCACCACCCUAAACACCCCAAUAAAUUUARCUGCAAUGGCUGUGGAGCGCUACAUCGCUGUGUGCUUCCCUCUGAGACACGCUGAGCUCUGCACCGUCAGACGAACUUAUAUUCUGAUUGUCUGGAUUUGGGUUUUGAGUUCUGUGUYAGUUAUACCUGAUAUAUUUCUCAUUGUAGCUACAGAGCCUGCAUGGCUGUUUUAUUCCACAGUACUUUGUGACAGAGACACUAUGUUUCGAUACCCAGUCAGCAUAAAAAAGAGGGAUGUUUCUAAUAUACUAUUUUUAAGCAUAGUUUGGCUCACUCUCUUCUUUACCUACAUAAAGAUUUUCUUUGUUGCYARAGCAGCUAAUUCAGCUGAUGGAAAAGCUAAAAAGGCCAGAAACACCAUCCUGCUACAUGGCUUUCAGCUCCUCUUAUGUAUGCUGACAUAUGUAUACCCUUUGUUAAAAAACUCACUGGUAUUGUGGUACCCUAAAUAUUAUUUUCACAUUGUCUUUGUUUGGUACAUCCUCAUCCAGAUUCUUCCCAGGUUCAUCAGUCCCAUUGUAUACGGACUACGAGACAAUGUCUUUAAACAGCAUUUAAGAAAAUAUCUGCUCUGUGCUAUGAAAAACAGGAAACAAACCACCAAUCGCAGUGAAAUUUGUAAUGGUUUCCAGAAUUCAGAUUACACAGGUAAAAGUUGGAAGUAA